UGAUGAAAGAAACAGAUUCCAUAUGUUGCUGCCAGAUCUCAAACCUUGAUAGACACCAUCGGGGAGAUGAAAUGCCAGGAUUCUAUAUGUCUACCCUUCAAAUGAUGCUGUCGCAUACCCUUCCUCUGUAUAAAUAGGCCUCAGCAGAAGACUUGAUUCAUCAAACAAAAUUUGCUCUUCCCUUCUCAGCUCUUCAAUCUCAAUACAAAAAGAAGUAUCAGCCACAGCCCAUAGAUAUGGUUUGCUAUUUGAGGUCGACAAGUUUGCCUUCUCGGCCUCACUGUACUGAGGUCAAGGUUGCAGAAGAGCUUUACAGCCUAGACGCAAGCAUAUCUUCACCCUCCACAACUAUCAUCACAAUGUGUGAUGGUUUGAGGAGGCUUCAAGACAUCUACAGCGGUGUUGAGGAGAUCAUUCACUUGCCAAGCAACCAAGUCCGCUCUUCCCAACAAAAGAAAAUGUUGGAUGGAGAAAUGGAAUGUUCUCUCGGGCUGCUGGAUCUCUGCAACACCAUGCAAGAUAUCUUUGUUGAGUUGAAGACCAUCAUCCAAGAGCUGCAAGUGGCUAUGAGAAAAGGAGAUAAUGAAAUUGUUCAAGCCAGGAUCCAGUCUUUCAACCGUAUGGUGAAGAAGGAUAAACAGCAGUUCAAGAAGGCUAGCAAGAAGGCUACUCCUGACAAGACAGAUUACCCGAUGGUAAAGCUAUUGACCAAGGCUAGGGAGGUCACCAUCUCUCUGCUUGAGUCCACACUACAGCUCUUGUCGAAGCAAAUCGAAAUACCUAAGCAGUCGCUUGUCUCAAAGGCAUUUUACAAGAGAAAAGUUGUUGUUUGCGAGGAGGACCAAUUGCAAGCGUUGGAGUGCAGCAUUGGAGAUCUUGAGAGCAGAACAGGACAUCUAUUCAGGAUAUUGGUACAGAGCAGAGUUUCUCUCCUAAACAUCCUUAGCUCAUAGAUACUCUUAGUCGCUCUCGACGUACUGUGAUUGGCAUCCACCUUUUUGAGGA